AUGGCCCCAGAAGUCUGUGGUGCCUCAGCUUCGGGACAUCAAGGCCAAGACCCCCCCCCCCAAAAUCCGAAGGUGUCGUGCCAUCCAGCGCCACCGAAGCUUUGCUCCGAGGCCUCCGCCUUUCUGCAGCGCAGGCAGGCGCAGCAGAGGCUCCUGUUUGGCCUAUGGGUCCGACAUCACGGGGAGGGCAGGCGCCGUAGACACCACGCAGAGGCUUUGCACCGUCGGUCGUCGGAGCUUCGGGCGAGCCAGGCCAUACAGCGGUGGAUGGCUCGAGGCCGGCGCAGGGCCGGAACUGCGCGGGUGGUUGAGAUCCUGGCACGUGCCGACCGCCGCUGGCUCACUGAAGAGGAUUGGAUGCGCCGGGCCUUGUCAGACAGCGGUCUUCAAGCCAUGUUCUACCGUUUUGCCGAGGCUCUGGACCAGCACCGAUCUCGCCGAGAGUCCUCGCAGGGUGGAAGCUUGCUGCUCCGUGGCAGCUUUCAGUCGGUGGUGGGCUUCGUCUGGGCACGCCAGCAGCUGUCGGUGGUGCUCGGGAGGUUGCGGGGCUACCACCAGCCCUGGUUCCUGGGGUUUUGGGCCGCGGGACCCUGGCCUUUGCUGGCACCCUCGGACCCGUAUUUCCUGCAGGCCGAGAUCCGCCUUCGUGUGAUGAUCUCAAAGCUGGAGGCCGAGCGAGCACAGGAGUAUGUGCCAUCUGCCUUUCGUAUGAUGCGAAGCGACAGCGAGGCAAACACGCCGAUGCAGCAGCGCCAGCUGUUGUGGCAGGCCCUGGCCGACCUGCUCGUCGUUCAUCACCCAGGUUGGCCGAGCCAGCCGCCUCGGCGCGAAGCAGCCGAGCCCAUGACUCCCGUGAAAGGCCACGAGGGCUGA